GAAACCGGAACCGGUUUGUAUCCAACAUGGCGCCAGUUUAUAAGUUGUGAGCACGGAUGUAAACAAAAGUCUUUUCUUAGCUGUAAACUUUGUUUUCCCUUUGUCAUUUCCAGGAGCAAUUAACAUUCAAGGCUGACAUUUUGACUGUUUCGGAGAACCUUUAACCCAAAACAAUGAUUGAGAGUGUCCAGGCUAGGCAACGUGGAGCCUUUAACUUUGCUGAUCAUUACGACAAUCUCUGUGCCUUGCAGGACAGUGUACCCCUUCCGUCUGUCAAGGCUCAUUUGGGCCAAGGAGUCGUAGAUAUAAAUGGUGACAGAGUUCGAUUGACAGAUUGGCAACCAAUUAUAAAUACAAUAAAAAUUAAUAAAAGUCUUCAGUUCAUUGCUGUCAGAAGUUACUACCAGCACCCAACAGAGGAUGAAGCCAAGAAGACACCAAUUAUGAAAAGGAAGCUUCCAUCCAUCAGGUCGAAGGAGAUAACUCAUCGUCUUGUGAAAGCACUCAAAGAAUGCUUGUUUGUCUCCCCUACGCUGACCUGCAUAGAGUUACAAGGGCUGGCUCUCAGAGAGAGGGACAUCCAGGUUUUUGUCAAGGGUUUGUUAAAAAGUACUGUUCUAAGGCAUGUUUCUUUGGAGUACUGCAGGAUUGGAGACUUGGGGCUUGAAGUCCUCUGCAAGGGAUUAAAAAACACAAAGAACAUCAACUCAGUUAAUUUGACUGGUUGCAGCCUGUCGAGUCGAGGUGCGGAAUUAUUAGCAGCAGUCAUUAAGCACCAGGGCAUGCAGCGGCACAACGAAGCUUGGAGGGACAGCCUCAGGUACCGUAGGCCUGAUCUGGACCGCAUGUCCGGCAUUCGGCGUAUCACGGCCAACAACAAUCCGAUGCUCGGGGACGAUGGGGCCAAGGUGUUGGCCGAGGCUCUUAAAGACGACCUGUGGCUUAAAGCUCUGGAUCUCCAGUCGUGUGGUAUCGGGGCCACCGGUGCUAAGAGUUUCCUGGACGUUCUCAGGUACAACACAACCAUAGUCGUCCUUGACCUCAGGAUGAACCCGCUUAUCAACCGUGAGCUGCUACACUCUGUCAUGGAACAACUCAUGCUGAACUGCAAGGGCGAGGACAGUGAGUACAAGUGGAUAAAAGUUGAGGAGCUGGAGGAUCAGACAGCUAAACUGGCGGUGAAGACAAGACGAAGGGCAACCAAAGUUCUCAACUCCAGCCUGGGCAAGAAGACAACUAUCAAGAGCCAAUCAAUAUCUUGCGUCUGCUGUGGCAAUAGGGUCACUCCAACCAGUGCCAAACGUAAAGGUAAAGCAAGAUGUGUCUCUAGGAAACUGGACGUUGAGCCAAGUCCUGGGCUUCCUUGGAGGACAGCUGCCAGGGCCAAUAGGUUCAGAGGUCAUCCACCGGACACAUCCAAGUUCUUGACCCAGCCCUCACCAGACGUGUCCACCUCCCUCCUGUUCAACCCACCAGACAAAAGCAACGAGAGCAGAACUAGCAUUGCAGCCAGUGCCAACCCAAGUGCAGAGGCAGGCCUCAGCAGCAGCCGAUCAAGACUUAUUGAGGCAGCCGCUGCAGAAGCUAUGAAAAAGCUGGAAGACAGCCAUCUGUCCUUGGAUCUGACAAACGAAAAAGAAGUUUUGAUUGAAUUAGAACAGAUGAGGAGACAUUUGAAAGAGGAAAGGACAGCAAGAGCCAAAGCUGACCAAAGAGUUCUACAGCUGAUGCUGGAGAAUCGCCGCCUCCAUGAGACUAUAGAGGUACUGGAGAAGUGCCAGCAGCCAAGCCACAGGCUCUUGGAGGAUGAGAGCUUCUUGGAGAGCAUUGAGACUUCAUUCAAACAGUUCCAUGGCUUCAUCGACAUGUUGAAGGAGGCAGGCCUUGGUCAACUAGUCACUAUGGCCGGCCUUGACCAGUCGAAGAUGCCCUUUAGCCAAAGCCAGAAAACAGUCGACCCUGUACUCAAGCAGUACAGCAAUGGUAAAAUCUCAUCGCCGCCAUACGCAAAUUUGCCAGCGGGAAGCUCUGAAGCCAGACAUUACCAGAAGCCCAAUGGUCACUCUGUUCAGAUGUCCAGAGACAUUCCAAAAGAUCCCACAAUGCAAAGUUCUAUUUAUGUUGAUGAAAGUGAACUGGCCAGACAGGAAGCAGAUGAGCUGUACUCCAGGCUUGUCAAAGAAACUAGAGGUGUCUUAAAUCAAGACUCACAGGCCUCAGUCUGGACCAAACCAGGGGACAUAACAAAGAGCGGAAAGAUUACUGAAGGUGUUGAUAAGUUUUCUAGUAACCCCACACAUUUCAUGGAUGACAGUCAGGUGAUAGCAGCAGACGACUCACUCCUACAGGUGGAUCCAGAAGGAGGCGCUCAAAUCCUAGAAUCUUCAGCUCUUGAAUAUCAGGCGGAGAGUGAGAGCGACCAACAAGAGCAGGACAGUGAGGACAAUCCGGACGAAAGCAACGAUGACUUCUAGUUUGUAAAUGUCUUUAGAUAAAGUAUAGUCUCAUUUUUUCCACAGGAUCGCUGAGCUCUCUCUUGGUAGUGAUGAUAUUUCUUUACAGAGAUUAGGAUUUCAUAGUUGUAUGAGACAAGGCACUGUCUUUGAUUCUGAAUAUUAAGAAUAAGUGCAGUUACAAGACAAUGCAAACCUUUUCAUGACCUACAUAUUUUCCAACAACUGAUGCAGACAAAUCAGUUGGUUAUAUAUGUAUAUAUUAACAGGAGGCUUAAAUUGAUCUGACAUUUUUAAUUAUUAUUAUGAUUUUGUAUAAAUGCCUCUUAAUGUAAUUUCAUUAUUUCAUACUC